AAUAAAAACAAAUAUUUUUUUACGUAGUGUAGAACUGUAGAAGUAAUCAACAAAAUACGCCCAUUAAUGGGGAACGAUAUGCAAAUAAGAAAGCAAGACUAAAAUAACUAAAUAAAUACAAUUUUUUUUAAAUAUAUAUUACUAAAUUAAAUUAAAAAACAAAAACAAUAUGAAUGAAGAUGAGAGUUAUAAAUUUGCAGCAUGUACUUUCUUCGCCAAAAAUCAUCCUGGGGAGUCGUGCGGUAGCAAUGGUUUACCUUUAACACCUAGUUCUAUUACAAUACUAGGUAGAUCUCAGCGCCUACUAACAAUUGAACAUACCAACUUGUGCACUUAUCUCGAUAUAAUAAGAGGCAAACAUGAAAGAAUUAUUGUUGUCGCAGAAGUAAUUGGCAAGUCUCUAGCUGAAUAUACAUCCAAGUUUUCUUAUGAAGAAAUAAUAAAUAUAUCCCUGCAAGUAACUAAUGCAAUGAUGUUCCUCCACAAGCAAGAUAUAACUCACAGGACAUUGUCUGAUGAUAAUAUUUUAUUGGAUAGUAAUGGCCGAGUUAAAUUGUUUAACUAUGGAUUGUAUUAUAUGACAAAUGGAGGAAAUGAAGUACCAUUUCCACUUGGAUUGCCAAGAUAUCUUAGUCCUGAGACUAUAAUUAAUGGUGGUGGUCCAUCAGCUGAUGUGUGGACAUUUGGUAUUAUACUUUUAGAACUGUGCAUAGGAAAAUUAUGGAAAAAUAUAAAACCAGGUCCAACGCUGAGAAGAAUACUAACCCUAGUGCAUGCCAGUAAUCCUGCAGAAAGGAUAGCCCGUGAACAUGACUGUCUCGAAGCCUAUAAGGAAAUACCGGACACAAUCAAAAAUUUAAUAGAGAAAUGUCUUCAAAUAUAUCCUAGUGAUCGAGCAACAUUUGCAGAAUUAAAUGACGAACUAUCAAAAAUUAAUAGCAAAACACUUGAAGAUAUAAAGCAACCUCGUGGACUUAUGGGUUGUAAGCUACAGUACUUGUACUACUGGUGGCAGUUAACUGGUGGGGAUAUACAAGCUGAAUUGAAAAAGAAUGGACUCAUUAAAAAUAGUCCACCAAUAUUAUCAAUGCCUAUAGCUAUUCUUCUAGAUGGCGGUACAAUUGGAGGUAAGACUGGGGCGCUCUUUGAUCGUCGAAUUGCCAAGUACAGUCUAGAUUUACUAAAGAAUCGCCUAAGUCACAUCCCGCCUCAGGAUUUCUACCCACUGAUGCAUGAGAGGAGAAAGGACUAUGAUGCUGUUGCCUUACCUAAGAUAAUAAGAGAAAGAGACACGGAAUACCAGUUCUACAGAUUGCUCUGGUUUCAAAGGCUAUUACACGGCUAUCCAUAUACAACUCAAUAUAUAAGAUCUGAAGCCGAAAUAGAUAUACCUCCUCUAGUAAGAGGGGACGUGUGGGCGGCUCUGCUGGGUGUGGUGGGAGAUAUUGAGGACCAAUACGAGAGAAUAGACAAGGAAACGCCUACUCCUACAGAUAGACAGAUCGAUGUAGACAUACCUCGAUGUCACCAAUACUGCUGGUUGCUCUGUGGUUCGGCUGGACAUAAGACCUUAAAAAGGUUGCUUAAAGCUUGGCUCUUAACAAACCCACAAUAUGUCUACUGGCAAGGAUUAGAUUCGUUGACAGCUCCAUUUUUGUAUUUAAAUUUUUGUAAUGAAGCCCGAGCCUUCGCCUGUUUAUCCGCUUUCGUGCCUAAGUUUCUCCACAAGUUCUUCUUGAAAGACAACAGCGCUGUGAUCAAGGAGUACUUGGCAAAGUUCUGGCAAAUGACAGCGUUUCACGAGCCAGAGUUGGCAACGCAUUUACACGAUAUCAACUUCGUGCCGGAGCUCUUCGCUAUACCCUGGUUCUUGACUAUGUUUUCACAUGUGUUCCCACUACAUAAAAUCGUCCAUUUAUGGGACGCCCUUCUGGUGGAAGGACCUUCAUUGCCUCUGUUUAUGGGAGUUGGUAUUCUGAGGCAGUUGAGGGACACAUUGCUGGAUUCAGGGUUCAAUGAAUGCAUCCUUUUGUUCUCCGAUCUGCCUGAAAUCGAUAUUGGAGAGUGUGUUAAGGAAUCUAUAGAAAUGUGUCGUAUUUCACCAAGAAGCAUAAGUUAUAGAAGAUUCACAAAUGAACCUGAAAUGAAAGAUCCUAUGGAUAUAGUCGAGGUUCCAUUGGAAGUGUUGUUGUCUGAAACGUGCUCUCGUAUAAGUCUCGCUGAUUUCUUCUCAUUGACAUGCCAAGAUAAAUGUUGUGUAGUUGACAUACGGUCGAAUUUGUUAUACGAAAAGAGUUGUAUAGAGGGUAGUGUAAACGUGCCCUACAGCGGGGUUCACCUUGGACAGCACGAGCUCAAGUCUCUCGGAGCUCAUCCACACAAGGUGCUGAGUGAAGCUAUCCGACUGAAGAAGAUUAUCGUCGUUGCUUCUGCGGAAGACGAGACAGCUCAACUGUUCAGCGACUACCUCGUGAAGUGCAGCGUGUCGCGCGUGUGCGUGCUGCACGGCGGCGUGCCCGCGCUGCACGCGCACGUGCCCUCCCUGUUCACCGUGCCCAAGAAGACCAAUCAUAAGUAACCUCGCGAAAUAAAUAAACGCUAAAGUUAAGAUUCACUCAUUCGACUGUCUAAUAAGAAUAUUUUGCAGUAUAUCCAAUUAUAUGUAAAAAAAAUUGUUUUUUUUUGCCCAAUUAUAUGAAAAAAAUGUUUUUUUUUUUUUACGGUACUUCAAAAUAUUUUGGUUAAUAAUUUACAGAAAAAAAAUUCAUUCCCUUUUAUAGUUACGCUACUACAUCUUUAUAUGUUAGACAUAAAAUAUGUAAGUAUUAGAGAUACGACAUCCGCGUAAUAUCCUGCCGACAGGUAUACCUGUUGAUCGGAAGGGACAAAAACUUAUUCGCUAAUCAAAUUAUAUUUUAUAUAAAUAGGCUCAUACGAGCACCUCUGAAUCGUCACUUCAAACGUUCGUUUUGCUUACGGAUGGUAGAAUUAAAUGAAGGAGGAGAAGCUAUUAUUACUUACGGAUUUGUAGACGACAAAUAAUAUAUUUAUUAGAUACAAUUAAAUUUAUACCCUACACGAAGAUCAACGAAUGAUAACUUAAUCUUUAUCUAUAAUAAUAUAUAAAAUGUAAAUAAAAUUAAUAUUGUAUAGAAAAAUAUGUUUUGUGUUUUAAUAAUAAUUGUUUUCUCAUAUGUUUAGGUUCCAUUUAAUUUCAACUCACAUAUAAGAUUUUGUAGCUUAUUAC